UUUAAUAUAAUACUUCUUACUCCUCUUAGCCAAAUGUCUCUUUCUAUUUAUUUAAUUUCUGCCUCCAAUUGAUUUGUAUGCAUAAAAUCUGUUUAGACAGAACGCUACUUCCCUUUGUUUAUUACAACUAAAUUACGAUUUAAAUUAUUUGAAAGAUUCAAAUAAUUCUUUUCGUUUGUACUAUUUAUAGGUUGUCAUGGAGAUAACAGAUGUUGAAUCCUGCUUGGUAACAGUGAUCAAAGUCCUGAUAAUUGUAUGUAUGUAACUACAUACAUGGCGAUUUUAUGAAAACGUAUAUUUUGUUAAGUUUAAACCGCGAAGUAACACAAUGUGGUGGGGAUACAGUCAACCGCUAGAUUUACAAGCCGAAGUGACGCAAAGCGAGGACCGUGUUUUAGGCAGUCUUGAAGUGUUGAUUGUAGGUUCCGGGGAUGCGCGGCACAUCGUGAAGACGCUAGCUUCAUCUUACACACAUCCUGAUCAGGCUAUCACGUAUCACGUUAUCGAACCGACUUUGGAGCAAGUCGCUAGAUCGAUACUUUUAUUAAGCCUCUGCUUAGAAAGAGAUUUAGGACUGCAGGAGGCGACGCGAUAUUAUUUGGAGAUUUUAGGGAACACCCUUUUGCGACCGGCUACGGCUAAAUAUUUGGCAAAAUGCGCCAAACAGCUGAUCGAUAUUCCGACUCGGACCGUUGACUGUCCGUGGUUAUCGUUAGAAAAGUUUAAGCACAAGGAUAGAGAUAAUUUGGAAUCGAUUUUUAAAUUCUGGACGCGUGCGACGCGCGAAGGCGUUCCCAUUGUCAAUUAUUGGGAUCGCAGAAUCAGAAAGUUGUUGAAAACAAGAUACGACUACAGGGAAGGCGUUUUUGACUGGGAUUAUUAUAUGGUUUUAAAGCCCAGAUGUGCCACUAAUCUGACUAUACAAGAAUACAGAUUUUGGAGAAAUAAUGGAGUAGCUUUUACAUGGCUCGAGGGUGAACCAGUCAGAAGCAAUCCGACUCUGUUGAAUAAUAUAAUUCAAUACGGACCCGGCUUUGUACAUUACGCAUACUUGGGGGACAUCGUGAACGGUCCCUUUUUUACUUGGGCUGCUGUUGAAAAAAACAAAGACAAGCUUAGAGCGACCGACGUUGCCGAACGUGAGAUAAUGCGUGCGAUUCAUGAAAUAAGAACGAGGGAGCCGCUGUGUGAGGAUCAUGUCGGCGCACACAGGGAUGCCGCGAUCCUGAACGGCAUUAUCGUGAGCCAAAUGCCGGACAUUGACAUGGAAAACGAAUCGUGGACGAGUGCCGGGGACGAAUCUAAACGGGAUAAAAAGAUUUCUUGGGUGGAAGUACCAAAUCACAAGAUAAUCUUUCAUCCUGCAACGUCGCUGGAGGCUCUCAAGUCCAAGUGCGAGUACGCAAAUAGAUUCCAUCUGAUUUGGGUGGCGCAUAAUAUGACAAAACAACUGGCUAACUUGGCGCCGUUGGCAUCUGCUGGUGCACCGGUGAUCGUGGAAUUGCGCAGACAUAUGGCAGAUCUUCGCAAAGAGGAUUUGCAGAACUUUACCAGAGAGCUGAAAGAGAUCGCGCAGGAGAACGGGCUCCGUUCGCUCCACGACUUUGAUUCCAACGAACACACUUUUGCUCGUUUCUGCAGGGAUUAAGUCUCUAAGUAGUUGAAUAUAUCUCAAUAAUUUCAUAUUAAUUGUAAAUAUUAUAUCUCGCACGUACAAUUAGGCUAAAAUAAAAUAAAAAAAUUUAAUUGAUAAUCCGAAGUACAAAUAUUACACAGAAAAUAAAAAUGCCAGCAAGGCAUUUAAAGUCAGGUUGAAAAAGAUUAAUGGUUUCAAUCUCUAAUAAAAGCAAUUUCUUUAAACGAGAAAA